AUGGAAUUAUUCCGUCAACGUUUAUUAGAAAGUACGACUAAACAAUCGGAUUUUAUUGAAAUUUUCAGCGCAAUCGAUCGAGGUAUAAUGAAGACAAUAGAUUUCACAUUAGCUCUUCUUGUUCGAUUAGAUCAUUCAGGUCGAAUUACGUUCGAAGAAUUUCGUCAAACGAUCAAAUCUCUCAAACUGGGAAUUAACAACGAUAAAGACAUCAAAACACUUUUUCAUCAAUUCGACACGACGAACAACGGUCAAAUCGAUCUUGAUGAGUUCCUCAAACAAUUAAGACCACCGAUGAGUGAACGACGUCAGCGAGCUGUUCUAAAUCUCUUCAAUUCCAUCGAUGUGAACAAAGAUGGCCAACUAACGACGUCCGAUCUUAAAAUAAAAUACGCCACGCAACUAAAAUCUACCAAGAAAAAAUCUGACCAAGCCAUCGAUCAUGCAUUGCAAAACUUUCUGAAUAAAUUCGAUACUCGCGGGAAAGAAGAUGGAAUCAUCGAUAAAGAAGAAUUUGUCGGUUUCUGCUCGAUGUUGAGCGCAACGAUCAAAGAUGAUAUCUACUUCGAACAUAUCCUUCGCACGCUGUUUAAUUUUCAUCUCUGA